AUGGCGCAAUCCAUAGUGCUACCAAUUGCGCAGCACGGCGCAACCCUUUACGCAAACAAGGGCCCGCUCAACGGCGCCACCCGGCGCCUGUGUGAGCCCUGGCAGAGAUCGGGCAGCCGCCUCACGGGGUCCGCAGCGCAGGAGCUGCUCGACAAGAUGGAGCUGCUCGACAAGAUGGACCAGGGCGGGAAGAUAUUGGACCUGCACUCGCAGCUGCAGUCCCUGGCCGACGAGCUGGACGAAAAGGUCGAAGGGAAGCUCAAUGCAAACGAGAACGCCUUCUUCCUGGCCUACAAAGAAUUCAUGUUCACUGUCCAGAAAGAGUUCAAGGAGCUGAAGCAGAAGGCGGCCCACAGCCUGUCUGAGAGCGAAGCCACGCGACGCGAGGAGGAACGCAUCCGGCGGGCAUGGCAGGAAGCGGCGCAGUGGGCCCAGAAGGAUCCUUUGAAGCGGGCUUUCGUGGCAGCUGGCGGCUUCCGCGUGACGGCCGGCGUGCCCUCGCGGGGCCGUUCCCGUGUCCGCGCGCCGCGGCAGCGCCUCGCCACGACGCGGCUCGUGCUGCUCGGCGCCCGCGCCGAGCGCCUUCAUCCUCAGACAGGCAACGCCCAGCGAGGACUGGUAACAAAAAGGCAGGGCAUCUUCGGCAAUCCUCACAUCCUGGAGGUGUGCUCGCCGCUUCCCACGCGUUUCACGAAGGACGCUGGCACGCUGCGCACGAUCGACUGGAUCCUCGUGUCGCUCUCGUCGCCUUUCGCGGUGGAGACUGGGUGCGACCUCCAGGUGAUGAGCGAUGCCGUCUCGAUGGACACGCAGAAGCUCAGUGACCAUGCAGUCCUCACGCUGCGGAUGCAGAUGCGGAAGGGCACGCCCAAGCACGAACGGAAGAUCCACGCCCUCAUUUGCAGAAGUCCCGAGUACAAGAAGAUAUUGGCCAAUUGUCUGGACGGCUGUCGCAUCGAUUUCAAGCCGACCCACGAGCAAUGGCAGAUCGUCAAGGACAUGACGACGUUAGUUCCGGAGUUGCGGAGCUCGCUCGCAACGAACUUCAGGAGCCCCGGCGAGUGCCACGCGCCGGCACGGGGGGCGCAGGCGCAGCUCCUCGAGCGCGAAGCCGCGGCGGUCCCCGCCGGCAGGGCUGACGCGCUCGCGGGCCUCGAACUGCAAAUGCAGAAGUACUGCUUCGUUCCCCUCUGGGCAGAAUGCGAUGAGCACGUUCGCGAGCAGGCCCGCGCCGCCCUCGCUGUGCAUGCACCGGGAUGGGAGAGCUUCAACAUCGAGGGAGCCGCCAAAUAUCUCGGAGUCAUGCUCGUGCCCUCAGAGUAUCUCCCCAACCAGCGCAUCGCGGACGCCGCGAGAUCCCGAGCGACGGGCCAUGGCAGCGAGUUGAGCGCGAGGCAGGCCGGGCCGCCCGCGGAGUGCGUCGUGGUGCUGCUCACGGGCGGGCCGGGGGGCGGCAAGACGGCGCUGCUGGAGUGGCUGCGGCGCGAGCCCCCCGGCGGAGCGCCGCUCUUCGUGGUCAGGGAGGCGGCCACCAAGCUGUGGGAGGGGCUGCCGGCGGCGCUGGGGCGCCUGAGCCCGGAGGCCUUCCUGCAGGCGGAGGCGGUGCUGCUGCGCGGGCACAGGGAGGAGCUGCUGCAGGCGCGGGAGCUGGCGGCGCUCUUCGGCGGCGGCGCCCGCGCGCCCCUGGUGAUCUGCGACCGCGGGGAGCUCGACCUGGACGGCUACGUCGGCGCCGAGCGCACCGACGCGCUGCUGGGGCGCCUGGGCUCCUCGCGCGCGGCGGUGCUGCGCCAGUACCACCUGGUCCUGCACCUGGCCACCGCGGCCUGCGGCGCGGAGGCGCACUUCCGCGAGGCGCCGCCGGGGCAGCGCGAGCGGUGGCUGGCGGCGGCGCGCGAGCUGGACGCGAGCUGCGCCCGCGCGUGGGGCGCGCACGCGAACCUCCGGCGCGUGGCCGCGCGCGAGUCGUGGGAGGCCAAGCGCGGGGAGGCGCUGCGCCUGAUCGAGGAGGCCAUGGAGGGCGUGCGCUCGGCCGGGCGCGGAGACUCCCAGGGCCGCGGCCAAGCCGAGCGAGAAGAAGACGUGCGCCUCGUCCUCGUCCUCGUCUCGGG